AUUUGACAAGUUAAAUCCAGGAAGUGAAUCCGCUGGCUUGUUUUGAGUUCGGUGGUAGCCCGGUGGAGCUCUCCUACCCUCUCCCCGAACCAAGUUGACACACAAUCGCAAGGCACAAAAUGGCGACAUUUAUUUCUGUGCCGCUGAAAAAGUCCUCGGAGGUAGACUUGGUCAAGCCAUUGUCGAAAUUCGUGACGUCCACUUAUCCGGCGGGCGACGAGCAGGCGGAGUACAUUCGAGCUGUGGAGGAACUCGACAAGCUCCGGCGGAACGCGGUGGGAAGGCCGCUGGACAAACAUGAGAGCUCACUGGAGAGCUUACUCAGAUAUUAUGAUCAACUGUGCGCCGUGGAGCCCAAGUUCCCCUUCAGUGAAAACCAGCUGUGCUUAACCUUCACGUGGAAAGAUGCUUUCGACAAAGGCUCGCUCUUCGGCGGCUCCGUCAAACUCGCGUUGGCCAGCCUGGGCUACGAGAAGACGUGCGUGCUGUUCAACGCAGCGGCGCUGGCCAGCCAGAUCGCCUCAGAGCAGAACCUGGACAGCGACGAAGGCCUCAAAAACGCCGCCAAAUAUUAUCAGCUGGCCAGCGGCGCCUUCGGCCACAUCAAAGACACGGUGCUGUCGGCCCUCAACCGCGAGCCCACCAUGGACAUCUCCCCGGAAACUGUGGGCACCCUCAGCCUCAUUAUGCUGGCCCAGGCCCAGGAGGUCUUCUUCCUCAAAGCCACCACCGACAGGAUGAAGGACGCCAUCAUCGCCAAGCUGUCCAAUCAGGCGGCAGACUUCUACGGAGACGCCUUCAAGCAGUGUCAGUACAAAGACAACCUGCCUAAGUAUUUUUAUUUUCAGGAAGUGCUGCCGGUGCUGGCGGCCAAGCACUGCAUCAUGCAGGCCAACGCCGAACUCCACCAGAGCGUCCUCGCCAAGCACAAGAAGCUCUUCGGCGAGGAAAUUGCUCGCCUGCAGCGCGCGGCCGAGCUGGUGAAGACGGUGGCGUCGCGCUACGACGAGUACGUGAGCGUCAGGGAACUGACGGAGAAGAUCAACCGAUCACUCGCCGCCGCCAAGAAGGACAACGACUUCAUUUACCACGACCGCGUGCCCGAGCUCAAGGACUUGGAGCCUAUCGGCAAGGCGACGUUGGUGAAGGCCACCGCCAUCACACCGCCGCUCAGCCAGAAGUUCUCAGACUUCUUUGUCAAGAUGGUUCCCACGGCAGUCCAGCAAUCCAUGAGCGUGUACAGCCAGCGCAAAUCAGACACCGUCAACAGAUUGGUGGGAACCAUGCGGGAGGCCACCAACCUCUGCAACGGGGUUCUGGCGUCCCUCAACCUGCCAGCCGCUCUGGAGGACCUCUCGGGAGACUCCGUUCCGCAAUCCAUUGCUGAGAAGGCCCGCUCUGUCGUGCAGCAGGGGGGGCUGCAGAGCAUCGAGCAGCUCAUCAAGGACUUGCCCGAGCUGCUCACCCGCAACAGGGAAAUUCUGGACGAGGCACUGAAAAUGCUGAACGACGAGGAGACGACAGACAACGAGCUGAGAGCCAAAUUCAACCAGCGCUGGAACCGGACCCCGUCUGGGGACCUCUACAAGCCCCUUCGUGCUGAGGGCGCCAGCUUCUGCAACAUCCUGGACAAGGCGGUUCAGGCGGAUCAGGUGGUGAAGGACCGCUACAACGCCCACUGCGACAUGAUCGCGCUGCUGUGCAAACCCGAGAGCGAGCUGAACGCCGCGCUGCCCUCCGCCAACCCCGCCAAGACGCUGCAGGGCAGCGAGGUGGUGGGCGUGCUGCGCUCGCAACUGGCCCGGCUAGACCAGGUGAAGCAGGAGCGCGAGGCGCUGGAGAAGGACAUCAAGGACGUGACCUUCGACAUGACCACCACCUUCCUGACGGCGCUGGCCAAGGACGGCGCCAUCAACGAGGAGCAGCUCUCGGCGGGGCAGCUGGACCAGCUGUACAGCGAGCACAACCAGAAGGUGCAGGCCAACCUUCGCCAGCAGGAGGAGCUGCUGGCACAGAUUCAGACAUCACACCAGGAGUUCAGCAGCCUUAAGCAGUCCAACGCGGAGGCCAACCUGCGAGAGGAGGUCCUCAAGAAGCUGGCCUCGGCCCAUGACAGCUACGUGGAGAUCAGCAGCAACCUGCGCGAAGGCACCAAGUUCUACAACGACCUGACGGAAAUCCUGCUCAAGUUCCAGAACAAAUGCUGCGAUAUAGUCUUUGCUCGCAAGACAGAGCGUGAUGAGCUCCUCAAGGAGCUGCAGCAGAGUAUCGCCCGUGAGCCCAGCGCCCCCAACUUCAAUGUCCCCGCUUACCAGAGCCAACCCCCGGGCGCCCCCGGCGGCCCCACCCCUGCUCCUAGGACCAUAUUUAACCCAGCCCCUCCACAGACCCCCCAGCAGACCCAAGCUAAAUCCCAGCCCCCUGCCCGGCCCCCCCCACCUGUCUUGACUCCACCUGUCUUGACUCCGCAGACCGCAUCGGCCGGCACAACUCAAGCCGGCACUUCGGCCAACAACCCGCCGCCGGUGGCGCCGCCCUCCGCGGCGCAGGGACCCCCUUACCCCAACUACCAGGGGUAUCCGCAGUACUUCCAGAUGCCGAUGGGCUACAACCCGUACGGCUACGGCCAGUACAACGUGCCCUUCAUGCCCUACCAGGCCACGCCGGGCCAACCGGGCUACCCGGCCGCCCCCCCGGCCACGCAGGGCUACCCCGGCUACCCCCAGCAGCCCUCGCAGCAGCAGAACUACUACCCUCAGCAAUGAAGCAACCCCCACCACCCAUCUUAACACUUUGCUCCUUCUUUUCAGGAAUUUUGAUACAUUUUCUUUCCUCUGGGAUCUAGAAAGCACCUUUUCUCCUUACUUGAUUGACGCACUAAAAAAACAUCCGGCUUGUCCGACUGUAAUACGCUGGAGGACUCCCUGGCGGGUGUACAGGCCGUUGUGUACACCCCAAAAUUCUCUGACCCCCUUUCUCAGCUCUCCUGUUUUUGUAAUUAAUCCAUAGAUGCCUCGCAAAUGUACACACACACGCACGGGCUUUGUUUUUGUUGUUGUUUUCUAAUCUCUCUCCUCUCUCAAAGGCAGACAUAAGCUCGGUUAGCCGCCGACCAUGUCACAAUCACAAGCUGUACAACACGAGAGAUGUGCUCUAUUGUUAUUAAAUAUGAAUAUAUGUAUAAAAUCAUAUGACUGGCUCACCACAAGGAA